AUCUAAGGAAUCAUUUGCUACCAUGAUAGUGCAGACGCUUAGAAAUUCACCAGAUGAUUCAUCAAUUAUAAAACAGCAGUUGCUUAAUGAUUUUCUGCCUGAUGAUGCAUGUCCACUGGGAGCUCCGUUGAACAUGGAAACACCCAGAGAAAUCGACCAAGUUGGCAUACAAGAUGAUGGAGAACCUGAUAAGGCGGAGCCCCCAUUAUUCACAGUUGGGGAUGAUGCCUUACCCAAUGCAUCUGAAAAUCAAACCGACCCUGGCACAAAAGUUGCAGUGGAAUGUUUAAGCCUAAUAAGCGUUGAUCAGCUUUUAGAUUCGGUUUUGGAGACAACACAUCAAGUUGGAAGAUUAUCAGUCUCAGCUGCUACAAACAUGCCUUACAUGGAAAUGGCUGGCCAGUGUGAGGCCAUUCAAAUGGGGAAGCAGCAAAAGUUGUCAACGUUUAUAGUUGAGAGGUGGUGGGCGGUUGGUGUGUGCUCUACUAGUUUAGAAUUAAAUCAAGAAAUAUACCAAUCCCAUAUGAACAAAGGAGGAGUCCUUGUCUUUUAAAUUCCUUUGUGACAUAAUAACCUUAUAGAUGUCAAUUUUUCUAGGGGUACCUCUCAACUGUUUAUCAUUAUAAAUGGAAGUGGAAUUUAUGUUUUUGCACCGCUUGGAAAUGA